ACAUGACGAAGGCCGUGGAAGGGAAAACACUCGCGACGCUUCCAUCGUCAGCUGCACUGGAAACUCCCAACCCGUCUCCCCAUGCACGCUGGACUUCUUCAUGAGCCGAAAAAAAAAAUGAUGUUCCUUGACGCGUGCUCGAAGCUCUGUUGUGUGUUGACCUGCUGUAGAGAGUUUUGAAGUGUGUCAGGUAGCUUCCUCACAUUGCUUGGAUCCAUAUUCGGAAUAUCAGCUUGCUUCCAAAGAUGCGACAGACAGCUGUAUUUCUGAGCUUAUUUGCUCUGGUCCUGAGCGGUACAGCGCAGCAUACAGCAUCCAACUGCAAGACGCCAUUCAAUGAACCUGGUUCCUGUAUACUGCACAACCAAUGUGCAACACUAAGCAGCAUAAAGGAUCUCUCCAUAUUACGUCAAUACAUAUGCGGCUAUCGGCGCCAGCAACCAAAGCUCUGUUGUCCGCCAACAUCGCAAGAAGACAAGCCAUUCGACCAGCUAGUGAGACCCACGCCGCCCGUGGAUGAUGUUCCUGAGACUCCUGAACCAACGUCUUCUACUCGAAAGCCUAUCAUUGGCUCCAGAGGAUCGGGAGACUCUGGUGCCAACAUUACACCCCUUGGUAACAAUCAGCCACCUCCUGGGUACCCCAGUAAUCUGCCUGCCGGUUGUGGCAUCAGCAACGUCAGCACCUCAAGGAUUGUAGGCGGGAAAGUGGCUGAGCCCGGAGCAUGGCCAUGGAUGGCAGCCAUAUACUUGAAGACAGGCGGUGACGAGAAGGUCAGCUGCGGAGGUGCGCUUGUGUCCGAACGUCACGUGGUCACGGCUGCACACUGUGUCGCUAUUGGUGCCAGAGCGAGAUCGUUACACCCUCGUUACUUGAGUGUCCGUCUUGGUGACCAUGAUCUGUCAACCCUCGAUGACAACACAGCGCCGGUCGAUGUGGACGUGGCGUCCAUCACCAGGCACCCCAAUUACGACCCUCGACGUUUCACCGGCGACAUCGCGGUUCUCAAACUGGCAACGCCUGUCACCUUCAAUCAGUAUGUGAGGCCCUUGUGUCUGCCUUUCGGAGACCUGGAAGAGAAGGACAUUUCUGGUUACCACGGAUUUAUCGUCGGAUGGGGAGCUACCAAAUUCGAGGGCAGCGGCGCUGACCUUCUUCGCGAGGCUCAAGUACCCAUCUGGAAAGAGGAGGAAUGCCGCAAAGCCUAUGAACGCCAUCUUCCCAUAGCUAAGUCACAGAUGUGUGCAGGCGACGGCCGUGGCAAGAAGGAUACUUGCCAGGGUGAUUCCGGAGGCCCAUUUGUCCUUCCUCAUGAAAGCCGCUUCUACCUAAUUGGCGUCGUCUCAUCAGGUAAAGACUGUGCAACACCGGGAUUCCCGGGCAUUUACACUCGAGUGACCAGCUUUCUGGACUGGCUCAAGAACGCACUCAAGUGAUUGCAUUCGAUAACCUUCUACCUCAUUCGAUGACCGCAAUUUGAUUUUGGUGCCAUGACAUUUCGGUUUCACUAAAUAAAAGGAAAGUUCUUUU